AACCCACUUGCUUCAAAGAAGCUAUAGAGAUUCAAGUGUGGAAAAAUGCAAUGAUAGAAGAGAUACUAGCAAUUGAGCAGAACCAAACAUGGGAGUUGGGGUUUGAAAUGUCAUCUUUAGGUAUUUUGCAAUACUUUCUUGGUCUUCAAGUAAAACAGGUGGAGAAUGGGAUUUUUAUUUCUCAAAUGAAGUAUGCAAAAAACCUCUUGUUCAAGUUUGGUAUGCAUAAUUGUAAAGUGGCUGCCACACCCAUGAAUGAAAAUGAAAAUUUUCAGCUUGAAGAUGGCACAGAUCUUGCUGAUCCUAGUCACUACAGAAGCUUGAUUGGAGUUGUAGAUUUCAGAUUGAUAGGGUACAGUGAUAGUGAUUGGGCAGGAAGUAUAGAUAAUAGAAAGAGUAUUUCUGGAAAUGUUUUCAAUUUAGGAUCUGGAGCAAUUUCUUGGAGUUCAAAGAAACAAGAUGUGGUUGCAUUAUCAUCAUCAGAAGCAAAGUAUAUUGUUGUAACUUCAGCAGCAUGUCAG